CGCUCCUUAAUCCUCCCCAAUCAAACCACCACAAUGUCUCUCCGAAGCUUCCCGCGAGCUUCAAUUGUUCUGCGGAGCGCUCAUCGGACCUCCGCGGUGCCGCCGACCUCGAGGUGUAUACAGCAAAGAUGGAACAGUGAUGAUAGAAAGAAGCAGGCGUUUAAUGUUCAAAUAUACGACAGUGUAGCGAAGCGUGUGGAAAAGGAGAAGUUACAGCAGUUGCGCGAACAACAUUACACGCGAGGAACCGCCAGAGGAAGGUUUUUCGGAACCCUUGCACUCGUAUUCAUGGCCGCUGGUACGGGAUACUGGUACGGUCAAGCGAUUCCUCAAUUACCACCUCCCAUAUCGACCCAAUCCCUCGAGACACUCAUCCCUCCUCAACACAACAUCUCGGAAGCCAACAUGGAAGCGGCAUGGGUAGAUUUCAGGGAAAUUGUUGGCAGAGAAAACCUUUCGCUGGAGCGUAGCGAUCUGGAAUCGCAUUCCGGAUCGUCCUGGUCGUCACAUCCUUCGGAGCCCGGCGAUGUGCCUUUUUGCAUCGUCAAGCCAGGCAGUACAGAGGAGGUCAGCGCCAUAAUGAAGGUGUGCCACCAGCGCAAAAUCCCUGUCACGCCAUACAGUGGAGGAACGAGUCUUGAGGGACAUUUCGCGGCAACACGAGGCGGCGUCUGCAUCGAUUUCUCCCGUAUGGACAAGAUCAUCAAGCUGCACAAGGAGGAUCUGGACGUGGUGGUUCAGCCUGCGGUGGGCUGGGAACUCCUCAAUGAGGAACUUGCCAAAGAUAACCUUUUUUUCCCUCCGGACCCAGGCCCAGGCGCUAUGAUCGGCGGAAUGGUCGGCACAGGAUGUUCGGGGACGAACUCGUACCGCUAUGGCACAAUGAAAGAUUGGGUGUUGUCUCUCACAGUCGUCCUCGCAGAUGGCACCGUCAUCAAAACGAGACAACGGCCGAGAAAGUCUUCAGCCGGCUACGAUCUCACCCGCAUGUUUGUUGGCUCCGAAGGAACUCUCGGACUUGUCACGGAGGCCACUCUCAAGGUCACCGUCAAGCCCCAACACACUAGCGUCGCUGUGUGCGCCUUCCCGUCCGUACGAUCUGCCGCUGAUUGCGUAUUCGGCGUCGUAGGUGCCGGUGUGCCCAUCGCGGCCAUCGAAAUCCUCGACGAUGUGCAGAUGCGCUGCAUCAAUGAAGCCGGUCAAACUAACAAGACGUGGAAGAACGCGCCCACACUUUUCUUCAAAUUUGCAGGCACGCCAUCUGCGGUCAAGGAGCAGAUCGGACAGGUUCAGAGUAUGGCCAAGAAGGCAGGCAGUGUAAGCUUCGAGUUCGCCCGCAGCGAGCAGGAGAAGAACGAUCUGUGGCAAGCGAGGAAGGAAGCUCUCUGGUCUGUCAUGGCGCAAGGUGGUGGCGACGAAGAUAUGGGUGUCUGGACCACUGAUGUCGCCGUUCCCAUCUCAAAACUCCCUCAGAUCAUCGAAGAGACCAAGAACGAAAUCAGCAAAAGCGGGCUACUAGGUAGCAUCGUCGGCCACGUCGGCGAUGGAAACUUCCACUCUAUCAUUCUCUACAACAAGAAGACUGAAUACGAAAAGACAAAGCACCUCGUUCACGACAUGGUGAAGCGCGCCAUCGAGCUUGAAGGCACUGCGACCGGCGAACAUGGUGUUGGCCUCGUUAAACGUGACUAUCUAGCCCACGAACUGGGAACUGACACUGUCGAUGCUAUGAGGAGACUCAAGCUUGCUUAUGACCCGCGAUGUCUGCUCAAUUGUGAUAAGAUUGUGCGAGUGAAGACUCCACGACAAGGUGAGGUGGAUGAGUGGUAG